AUGAAGUCUACACUCAGCCAGUCUGCCGUGUUCCCGGUGGAGACGGGGGACAUGGGCCCCGCGGCUUGCGCCACUCGGACCAUAGUAGAGACCGCCAUCACCACAGUUCUUGAAAUGUCUGCAUCUGCCAAGCCAGAGUCACAAGAAAGACUGGUGACAAGAACAUCUCAAGAGGCAGCGAGAAAAAUCGGCAACAUCUUUGUGCAGCUGUUGAGGCGGGAGACCAAAAAGUUGCAAAGCCGACUGGACCUGCUGGAGAGCCAACAUGAGAGGAGGCACAUGUCUGAGCAGGAGCAGAGGAGAAACUACUCACAGAAGCAGUGCGAGCAUCAAGGGAGAAACUGUGUGAGGAGCGCUGCUGAGGAGGCAUCCGACAAGACUGCAUCAAGGAAUCAAACCCCAAAAACCACUUAUACUCCAGUCCAUGUCCAGGAUGAGGAGGUUGCAAACACAGCAAGGAGCAGCGAUGAGCUUCAGGGUGGAUUGUGCAACAUGAUCCCGCUGGCCUGUGAGCACUGCCCCUUUACCUUCACAGAACAAAGCCUCUUGGAGCGCCACCUGCUGGAACACAGUGAGGAAAUAGCCAGCCCCUUCAACCUCCACACAUUCACCACAAACACCGCUGCACGGCCCCCUCAUCCACCGGUCUCGGACAGAGCCAGAGAAGGCCUCAGCUCCAUGGGGGAGGUGGAGGCGCAGGUGGCCGCCAUCCUGGAGCUGAUGGUCGGCGCCGCGAUGACAGAAGUGACCAAAGUGGUGGACGGCACCGCAGCGUUCCUCCCAGAGGAGUGUGUGAGCCCCGCGGAGCCUGUGGACCAGAAGGUGUUCCAUGUCAGCCUCUGCUUGGCCACCCUUGCUCAGGACGCAGUGGAGAAGCUCUGUCUGCUUUUCCAAGAGUGCUCUGCCUUACUCCAGCUCAAGGUGUCUGAGGUGGAGGAUCUGCGGCAGAGGCUGGAGACUGCAGAGGCAAAUCUGAGGGAACAGGCCCAGCCACAGCGCAAAGUGGUGAUGAUCUGUGACACGGCCCUCAGGCGGAUGCCUUUCUUCAGAAACUGGAAGAGUAAAAAGGACAGAGUCCACAAAGUCAUCCCAGAGCACGAGGAGAUGGAUGCUUCAGAUGGGCCCCCAGAGAGUGAGGAGGGCCCCACAGAGGAGGACGCCACUAACCAUGUCCACGCUGACCAUGUCCACGCUGACCAUGUCCACGCUGCCCACAUAACUGCUAAUAAGGGCCCCUCAGAGGAGGAUACUAUGGAGGAAGACGUCCAGAAGCCAGAGAGCCCUGAACCGGACGUUCCAGAGCAGACUGAAGCUGAGGCUGAAGAUCCUGACAGAGCGCACAUAGCUAGGCUGGUGAGGAAGGUGGCAGUGGGGAAGGUUCCUCUGAGCACAGCUCCACGGAAGCGGAGGCCAAGGUGCGGCCCACCCAACGCCCCCAAGACUCACAAGUGUCCUGUGUGCGCAGAGCUCUUCUACAGGCAGAAGGGGCUGGACAUACACAUGCUGCGGCACACAGGUGAAAAGCCGCACCUCUGUGAUGUUUGUGGGAAGAGCUUUACUCUGAAGCAGAGCCUGACCGCUCACCAGAGGAUCCACAGCUCCUACAGGCCCUUCAGCUGUCCCACCUGCGCCAAGUCUUUCCGUCGCAAAUAUCUGCUCAACAGGCACAUGAUCCUUCACACAGGGCUGCGUGCAUUCAAGUGCCGCUACUGUGACAAGGCCUUCACCAACAACAACAACGUAAAGCGCCAUGAGCUCAUCCACACGGGAGAGAAGCCCUACAAGUGUGACGUAUGCGGCCGCUGCUUCAACCAGUCCAGCUCCCUGAAGGACCACAUGCUGGGCCACACUGGACUCAAACACUGCAAGUGUUUCUGUGGGAAGGCCUACAUCCAGAAGAGCAGCCUGCGAGUGCAUAUGCGGACCCACAUGAAGAUCUCAGAAAGUUGGGAUGGAGAAGUGACCUGUGUGGCCUGUGGCUCCAGGAUGGAGAAUAAGGAGAUCCUGCUGGAGCACCUGCGCACACACAGCUUCCCCUGCUCCUGUGUACUCUGUCAGCAGGCCAUCACAACCUUACCCGAGCUCCACACUCACCAGCACAAGCACCGGCGCCUGCAGCCAAACCACUGCCACAUCUGCAACAAGAGCUUCCAGUCGUUCGGAUACCUGCAGGUGCACAUGCGUCUACACAGCGGAGAGAAGCCCUUCACCUGCCUGACCUGUGGCCGCGGCUUCACCGUCAAGUCUGCCCUCCAAACACACCAGGUGGUGCACACUGGAGAAAAGCCCUUUGUCUGCCAGACAUGUGGACGCAGGUUCACUCAGAAGGUCUCUCUCAAAGCCCAUCAGACGCUGCACACAGGAGAGAAGCCCUUCGCCUGUCAGAGCUGUGACAUGAGGUUCUCCCAUCCAAACUACCUCCGCACACAUCAGCAGGCAGUGCACACUGGAGCCCCCUUCACCUGUCAUACUUGCGGGAAAAGCUUCAGCAACUCUACCAACCUGCAGCGCCACUGCCGCAUCCACAGCGGAGAGAAGCCAUACAGCUGCACAGUGUGCGGCCGCAGCUUCAGCCUGAGCUGCGCCCUCAAAGCACACAUGCGCACACACAGUGGACUCAAGGCCUACGAGUGCGAACGCUGUGGGAAGAGCUUUGCCUACCAGCGCAGCCUGCGUGACCACAAGUACAAGUGUGUCUGA